ACAUAUACAUUCCUUACAGAACCAUCAUGGCACAACGGCGUGUGCCCACCAUCAACGACCUCAGAAUCAAGCUCUGUUACAUCUGCAGGGAGGAGGAGAGGCAUGAUGCACCCGAGGAGCCUCCCCGAGCAUGGACGCAUCCAUGUAAAUGUACCCUUAUUGCGCACGAGUCCUGUUUACUGCAAUGGAUACAGACCUCGCAGCAGAACCGCUCACGCGCUCCAAAUGCUCUCAAGUGCCCGCAGUGCGGCUCAGCAUAUGAGCUACAAAGCGACAAUCCACUCAUUCUACGCAUCUUGGAUGGAGCUAACAGGGGUCUCUCGACGAUGGGAAAGAUCGUAACCAUCGCAAGCAUGUAUAUCCUGAGCACGGCAUAUGGUGCCUAUGCACUGAAAGAGUUUUUGGGUGCCGAGAUGUAUGAUCUCCUGUUAACAGAGGAUCCCACUAAUUGGCCGUGGCAUUGUUACCUCAAUCUUCCACUCAUUCCUCUUGCUCUCAUUAUCUCGCGUCUUCCUUUCAACUCUAGUAUCACGCCGCUUGUUCCCCUUCUCCUCGCAUGGCCAACGUCCACGCCUGCGCGGGCAGACAAACGCAUACUCCUCAAUAGUUGGGGUAUUCCGGAAUCAUCCCGACGGGAGAUGUUCCCUUUACUUCCAAGCUGGCCCCCUCCGCCAGUAUUGCUCGGCUUAUUCAUCUAUCCGUCUCUCCGGCUCACAUAUAACCGCCUAUUCUCUCAGUUCUCGAGAUGGGUGCUGAAGUUGCAACCGGAGGCGACCGAUACUGCACAGCGCAUGAUGCUUGCUUUGGAGGAUGAUGAUCCAUUCCUGCGCAUUCGAAUCAAUGCUAACGGCGAUGAACGGAAUGGCCCACCCCAACCUAAUGCUCAAGGCGGAGCAGGUGUUGCCAACAAUGGUGCUAACGAUAAUGCAAAUGCCGAUGCCGAUGGCGUCGUAGGAGAUGCAGCUGUAGCAGCCGAGAACACUAUUCGCGUUUCAGGGACUUCCCUCGGGCGACUGAUUGGGGGAGCCUUGAUUAUCCCGCGCAUAUCCAGCUUGAUGGGCUCGCUGCUGUAUCGACUAUCCAAGUAUUCACCGCUUUUACGCCGUUUUCUUGCCGUGCGCCCACCUCUUCCGCCCGAUAUCCGGCCGUCGCUGGCAGGAACUUGGAUCGAUGAGGAGUUAUGGCACCAGAUGAGCCCCGUGAAACGACUUAGCGUCGCUGGGUUGAUGGGUCUUCGCGUUGCUUGGUGGGGAACUCCCGUUUGGGCGGAAUGUGAUCCUGUUUGGUGGAGAAAUUCAUUAGGGCUGGGUCUUUUCACCGUUGCAAAGGACUGUUUGCAUCUUCUACAUCUUUGGCUUGCCAAACGGGAGCUACAGAGUCGGCGUGUCAAGAACAGGUCAUUUGACGGCGUGGACGUGAGGGAACUGGAUCUGAUCGAUCCCGUGCCAUAGACAGGUCAUUAUCAUCCUUGCCCUUGGCGCCCUUGUUCUUAUUUCCGAUCAUAUGUAGCGUGUAUCAUUUUCAAAAUCGUUCGAUCGCUGCCUAUUGCAAGCCCUGUUUCAUGGCUAGCCCACUUUCGCCAGCAGCCAAGGUUUCCUCCUACUUUGCACCGUGAUAGACGGGUUGUGAUUGGAUUCGAAGCGCAGUUGACGAUUUGCGACUUGGACCAGAUGUGAGAUCGGUGGUCCAUUGGUGUGAUUUCUGAGUGGUGCAAGUACUUAGUACCCUAAGUCUGUACAUUGAGUUUGUACUCUCGAACAAGUCCUUUGAUUCUUGAACCUGCCUCAGGCUCUACCGUAGUACAAAAGGUUUGCACUACCAGCACUGGGCCCAGCA